AUGGUUGAGAAUAAGGUUGAGGACCAGUUUGAGGUUGAGGAUGAGGUUAUGGGUAAUGCUGGGGAUACGUUUGAAGCUGAGCACAAAUUUGAGGUUGAGGACGAGGUUGAGGUCAAAGUUGUGGAUGUAGUUAAGGCCGAGGAUGAGGUUAAGGAUAAGGUUGAGAAUGAGGAUGAGGUUAAGGAUAAGGUUGAGAAUGAGGAUGAGGAUGAGGUUAAGGAUAAGGUUGAGAAUGAGAAUGAGGAUGAGGUUAAGGAUAAGGUUGAGAAUGAGGAUGGGGUUAAGGAUAAGGUUGAGAAUGAGGAUGAGGUUAAGGCUAAGGUUGAGAAUGAGGAUGAGGAUGAGGUUAAGGAUAAGGUUGAGAAUGAGGAUGAGGUUAAGGCUAAGGUUGAGAAUGAGGAUGAGGAUGAGGUUAAGGAUAAGGUUGAGAAUGAGGAUGAGGUUAAGGAUAAGGUUGAGAAUGAGGAUGGGGUUAAGGCUAAGGUUGAGAAUGAGGAUGAGGUUAAGGAUAAGGUUGAGAAUGAGGAUGAGGUUAAGGAUAAGGUUGAGAAUGAGGAUGGGGUUAAGGAUAAGGUUGAGAAUGAGGAUGAGGUUAAGGCUAAGGUUGAGAAUGAGGAUGAGGAUGAGGUUAAGGAUAAGGUUGAGAAUGAGGAUGAGGUUAAGGAUAAGGUUGAGAAUGAGGAUGAGGUUAAGGAUAAGGUUGAGAAUGAGGAUGGGGUUAAGGAUAAGGUUGAGAAUGAGGAUGAGGUUAAGGCUAAGGUUGAGAAUGAGGAUGAGGAUGAGGUUAAGGAUAAGGUUGAGAAUGAGGAUGAGGUUAAGGCUAAGGUUGAGAAUGAGGAUGAGGAUGAGGUUAAGGAUAAGGUUGAGAAUGAGGAUGAGGUUAAGGAUAAGGUUGAGAAUGAGGAUGGGGUUAAGGAUAAGGUUGAGAAUGAGGAUGAGGUUAAGGCUAAGGUUGAGAAUGAGGAUGAGGUUAAGGCUAAGGUUGAGAAUGAGGAUGAGGAUGAGGUUAAGGAUAAGGUUGAGAAUGAGGAUGAGGUUAAGGAUAAGGUUGAGAAUGAGGAUGAGGUUAAGGAUAAGGUUGAGAAUGAGGAUGAGGUUGGGCCCACUGAAGAAAUAUCCUGGGCAGCACGGCUGUGUAGUGUGAGAAUAGGGUGCAUGGUGUUGGAGUGA